AUGUUGGAAUCUAGCUACUUCAAGGGCGUUCCAAGAGAUGCAGAUUCUUAUCUGGAUAUUAAAUUAAUAGGAUUAAAUCCAGGGGAAUAUAUUACCCUGGACAAAUCCGUCCACUUUAAAGUUAUAAGAGGCAUUGUAUCCAUAAAUGGACAUCUUUAUAAAGGUUCUAUGAGUACUUAUCGCAAAUAUAUAAUUCCUCCAUGGAAUCCACCCGAGAGAGUUCUUUCUCUAUGUACAGAUGGGCAUUCAGAUUCACGGUGUGGAUGUGAUGAUAUACUGUGGAAUAACCUAUUUGGAGGUUCAUGUUGCUCUAUAACGGCAGAGUAUAAGGGUAAUAGAAAGGCUAUUAGAGAGAUGCUUGAAAUAACCGAGGAAAGUAGUGAGCCACAAAUGUCCAGUUUCGAUGCACAUCUAGCAGAAUAUUACGAGAAUGAAGAUUUCUCCACCAUAGUAUCAUUUAUAGCAUAUAAGAGUGCAUUUGGAAAGAUAAGUGUGACAUCGGCACUUGGUAUAAGGUUCCCAUUAAAGGUCAUCCCAAAGGAAUGGAACGAAACAGCCAAGGAUAUCCUAUUCGCAUGUAUUAAAGGGGAACGGGCUCCUGUUUUAAUGUUACAUGGUCCAAAAGGAUCGGGAAAAUCUACUGCGGCGAUUUACAUCAUAAAUUACCUCCUAAAUUAUUUGGGAAGUGUAGCACUUUUGGAUACAGAUAUAGGUCAGCCUAUAUCAUCUGCUCCGGGACUACUCACACUUACGCUAUUUGAAGAAAGUAUAACUGUGCCUCCACACACCCUAAUAAAUGAAAUAAAACCGAAAAUGUCAUGUUUAUUAGGGGAUGUCAAAGUAACUAACCUAUUUUUGAUCCUUCGUCACGUUCAUAGCUGCUUUAAAUUUUAUGAAAAACUUGUGGACUCAGACUUUACGAUUCCACUAAUUAUAAACACAUUCGGUUGGACAGACGGAAUUGGAGGCCACUUACUUGAGUGCAUAUGUGCAAUUACACAUGUAUCAAUGAUUCUAAAACUAGAAAAUGGUAAACAUAUAGAUCUUGAAGGUGGAUUUGAAAACCACGAACAUAUUGAACGAAUAUUGAAGGAUGUUCUAGAAAUUGAACAUGUAGAAGAGGUCCAUCCUGAUCUACCUCUUGAUACGACUCCAAUGUAUGCCGAUUUGGUGAACGAAAUGGGAGGAUCUUUACCGUGGAAAGGGGAUAAUUGCAGGAUUAUGAAUGGUCCUUCGUACACUCACAUCACAGGAGCAAUUGGUGAACUAAUGGAACGAUUUAUAAAGAGUGAAUUUUGUGAUUUCAAAACGUGGUCUUGUUUAGCACCGAGAAAACCAUUUGAAUGUAAUGCAUUUGAUUUGAGGUGGCUCAGGAUGUCCUCAUACUUAAAUCCUGCAUUUGGAGAUGCUAUUCACUUUCCACAGUUGCAACAUGAAGAAUUUUUUGGCUCCUUGGAAACGUUCAACUUUAAAACACACAUAAAAAGUUCAAAGAUGUUUGUGCCACCAAAACAGUUAAUUCUGCGUAAUGAUUUAUCAUUCGUAGUAAUGACUAGAGAUUAUGCCAUCAGGGAUAUUCAGGAACUUUGUCCUGUAAUCAGUGGAUCUAUUGUUGCUUUAUGUUCGGGAAGGUGUGACACUGUAUUCUCUAACAAGAUUUAUUGGAAAUGGAAGUUUAUAACAUUUGCCUAUGCUCAUUAUUUGGAUGCAAGCCUGGGAGAAGUUCUCAUUUCAUAUCCAGCGUUUCAAGAUGAACGUGAAUUAAAAUCUGCAAAGAUUAUUGUAAUAUGGUAA